UGCCGAUCACUCAGCACUCAGGCCGUGGUUUUUGACACUCGAAGAAGCAGCUGAUUUCAAAUCCAGUCAUGUUUGUCAGGUUCAUACUCUGGAUCUUACUCGUGUCUGUCCUAAGGGUUUCCCUGCAACAAGAAGAGUAUGAUUAUGGCGAUGAAACAUAUGAUGAUCCUCAGCCUCUAAACUGUUCAACCACAGAGAGCAUUAGAGGUGGACAUGUCUCCUACUCACAGGGGGGGCUGGAGGGCAGUGUGCUGACGUACCACUGCAGACCUGGGCAGUACCCUUUCCCGGUCAGCCUCCGUGUCUGCGAUGCCCAUGGGGAGUGGUCACCCAUGAGGCUGACCAGUGGCAGACUGGUAACACGGGCAACAUGUAAAGAUGUGCUGUGUCCAGGUCAGCUACAGCUGGAUCAUGGUGACCUCUGGCCCAGAGACCAGUGGUUCAAAGUUGGGAGUGUGCAGAGUUUCUCCUGUGAGGAAGGGUUCACCUUGCAUGGGUCGGCUCAGAGAAAUUGCACCCUGUCUGGGGAGUGGACCGGAACCAUUCCUGUCUGUGAUAACCACGAUGGUGACUGUGAUGACCCAGGUACCCCACCAGGAGCCCACAGGUCAGCAGGCCAACUUCAUACUGGAGAGAAGGUGAUCUACAGGUGUCAGUCUGGUCUGGAUCUGCUGGGAUCAGAUGAAAGGGUUUGCCUGGAGAACAGAGAGUGGAGCGGCUCACCACCACGCUGUCAAAGCCCAUACACUUUCGACUCCCCCAGCACUGUGGCAGCUGCCAUGGCAGGGUCACUGGCUGGAGUCAUGGAUGUACUGACACCAGACUCCAUAAAGAAAGUGACAUUUGGCCGAUCCUUCCGUGUGUCUGAAGGCAGUCGAAUGAAUGUCUUCAUCUUAUUGGAUACAUCAGGCAGCAUCAAAAAGAAGGAUUUUGAAUUAUCCAGGAAUGCCACCAUUGCACUUAUAAGGAAGCUGGACAGUUAUGAAGUGCAAAUUAGAUACCAUGUGUUGUCAUUUGCUAGUGAAUCAAAAGACAUCACAGACAUAAGACGAACUGUUGAAAGCGGUAAUGCAGAGCACGUUAUAUGGAACCUGGAGCAGUUUGACUACCACAGUCAUGGGCAGAAGACGGGCACCAACAUCUAUUCUGCGCUGAUCCGCGUCUACGAACUGAUCAGUUUUUUUAAGCAAAACAGACACAGGAACCAUUUCAAUGAGACUCAGAACGUUAUUGUUUUACAAACAGAUGGAUACUCCAACGUAGGCUCCAAGCCGGCAGCAGCUCUGGCCAGGAUCCGGAACAUUCUGGGCUAUAGCAGCACAGCCACCGAUCACACAAACGAGAGGCUGCUGGAUGUUUAUGUGUUUGGAAUUGGGGAACAAGUGAAAAAAGAUGAGCUGAACUCUUUGGCCUCAAAGAAAAGUGAUGAGAAUCAUGUAUUCAUUGUCCAAAGCUACAGCGUACUGGGACAGAUUUUUAACAGCAUCAUCAGUGAUAAGACAGUGACGAUGUGUGGAGUGGCUCAGGAAGACGUCACAGAAGAGGAGCAGGAAGGUUACACCAAACCAUGGCACGUCACUCUGCCAGGAACUACACCUAGGUCACAGAAAUGCGCCGGCUCUAUUGUGAGUCAGAACUGGGUGCUGACGUCUGCUCAUUGCUUUGGUCGAGUCGGAACAGAUCAAGUCCCUCAGCAGGUGGAAAUAAAAUAUGGUGGUGAGAACACGCCUGUGAUGUCCACUUCAGUCAUCAUGCACCCCAGAUUCAAUGUCAAUGCACUGAAACGCAGAAACGUAUCUGAGUUCUAUGAUUAUGAUGUAGCUCUGGUGAGGCUGAAUAAGAGCCUCCCUCUCUCCUGGAAGGCCAGACCUAUCUGUUUGCCAUGUACCGUACCAGCCAGCCGAGCCAUGAAGAGGAUCGACUCCACCUGUCUGCAGCACAAGGAGGAACUGCUUCCUUAUAAGCAGACACCUGCCUUUUUCAUCCACAAGACGACAAACGGACAAGUUCGUAAAGACACACAUAUUCACACAGACACUCAGAGGGCUGCAUGUGUGGAGAAAGCCAGGCAAACUCUAAAACCGCCAACAGAUGUGACGCUGGAGGAAUAUGUGCCAGACAGAUUUCUUUGUUCUGGAGGCACCUCAGGAAAACAAGAUGCCAUCACUUGUCAAGGUGACUCUGGUGGACCUCUGUUCCUGCAAAAAAGAAAACGCUACUUUCAGGUGGGGGUAGUGAGCUGGGGCACCACUGACGUCUGUAAAACACCCAUCAUAGGACACAGGAGAUACAGCAGUGAUAGACCGCCAGCAGACGCUCGUGACUUUCACAUUGACGUCUUUAAGAUAAUGCCAUGGCUUAAAACACAUUUGGGUCGUGAGAUCCAGUUCCUACCAGAUGAUGACUGAGACCAAUCAGCUGACAGGGACCAUAAAGUAAAACAGAUCAGAUGCAGAAUUCAGCUGAAGUGGAUGGGUGACCUCUUUAGAUACAGAAGGUGUUUCUGUUCAAUAAACAUCACAUACAUAUCACAAGGUUCCAAAGUUUUAUUGUUAGUCUUUUGUUUUUUUAGUACCGUAAACAUAUAACACACAAGUAAUGGCUUAUAUUUGUUUUUGCUCAAAUCAUGAAAAAACUAACAUUUUUUUUUUCAUUUUUCUG